AAUGGUGUCGCGCGCAAAGUAUCGCUCGGCGGCCGGUGGCACUGUAAUGAUGUCGUGCGCACGAUAUCGUCCAGUGGCCGACGACAACAUUUUAGUAUCCUUAUCAUUCUCUUGAUAAUCUGUGGGGUUCUGUUGUUGCUUUUGUUCCGUACCGUCUAGGUACAGUAUUUUUAGCAUAAAGCUGUACAGCUUUACGUGGAAUAAGUUACAUACGUCAGCGAGUGUUUUUUUUAUGAGUACUUGUACCCAUUUAUCAUGGCAGACGAAGGAGAAGACACUGUUAUUUACGAGGAAUGCGCGGACGACUUGUCCGACGUUCCAAUCGACAUUGCGGAUUGGGAAGAAGACAUUGCAGAUCCUACAAAUGAAAGUGAAGCAGAAUCUUCAGACAGUGAAGUUCUUACAAGAAGAAUUCGGCGAACGGUAGGGUUGCCAAGUGAUUCUGAUGAAUCAGAAGAAGACGAUAGUGUACCGUUGUCAGAUACCGAUUUACCGAGGACCAAUGAGGAAUUUGAAGGGUUUCCGGGCCCAAACGUUUUUCCCGAAGAAGCACAGAGCGUCGAGAACAUCGUCGAAUUAUUUAUUGGGAAGGAUUUAUUCAAACAUAUCAGCAGCGAAACAAACAAGUAUUAUGAUCAAAAUUGCCACAGAAGGAAAAUAGGUAAAAAAAGUGCCAAAUUUGUCAGCGUUACGGCAACCGAACUUAGAAAAUGGUUUGGGCUUGCUAUCCUUAUGGGAAUUGUAAAAAAAGCAAAAAUAGAUGAUUAUUGGUCAACGAAUCCGUUAAUAGAAACUCCCAUAUUUCGCAAAACGAUGACCCGCAAUAGAUUUAGGCAAAUAUUAUCAUAUCUGCAUUUUUCCAAUAAUAAUGAUAAACCGGAUAAUGCCGGCAGACUUUUUAAAGUGCAACCGAUAAUUGAUUAUUUUUCGAAAAAGUUUGAAGAAAAUUUUGGCCUUGGUCAAAACAUCUCGAUUGACGAAGGAAUGAUACCAUGGCGUGGACGACUGAAUUUUAAAGUUUACAACCCAUCAAAAAUUACAAAAUAUGGCAUACUUAUUCGGAUGUUAUGUGAUUCCAAUACGAGAUAUAUUUCCUCAUUUCAAAUAUAUUCCGGCGCUGGACAGCCUUUAGCGAAAACGGUGAUGGAACUAUUGAAAUCUUCUUAUGGAAAGUGGCAUCACCUGUACAUGGACAACUACUACAACAGCGUAGAACUUGCAAAAAUUUUACUUCAAAAGAAAGUUCGAGUUUGUGGAACGAUACGGAAAAAUAGAGGAUUUCCAGAAAAACUCGAUGUGUUUGAAGCCUGCCAUCGACGAGAAGGUGAUGUACUGGUACAGUUAUGGAGAGCUUCGAAAAUCAAAAUGAUACGGAUGGUCUCUACAAUACAUAAUGCCACUUUGAUUGAUACUAAAAAAAAAUGCAGGAAAACCAAUUGCCCAAUAAAAAAACCUGAAAGCAUAUUAGACUACAAUAAAUACAGGAAGGGAGUGGAUCGAGCAGACCAAUAUCUCAGUUACUAUCCCAUAUACAGAAAAACGAUAAAAUGGUCAAAAAAGGUUUGCAUGUACCUGUUUAAUUGCGCAUUGUUUAAUGCAUUCAGAACAUUUCAACAUUUCCAUACAGAACACAAAAGUCUCCGAUUUCAUGAUUUUCUAUUGAAAGUGUCUGAAUCCUGGAUAAAAGAUCAAGUAACUGCACCUGAGCAAAACUUGGAGGUCGCUUCUAUAUCGCGAGCGUCCCAUAAAGCGAUCGACAGACUUUCCUGUGACUUGAGGCAACACCAGCUAGUACUCAUUUCCGAAACCAAUAAACGAAAACGAAGAAUGUGCCAUGUAUGUACCAAAAAAAAGAAAAGAAAGCCAACAAAUUUGAUGUGCAAGACGUGCGGUGUUGCAUUACAUCUUGGAGAUUGUUUUGCUUCGUAUCAUUUAAAAGAGAAAUACUAAGUAAGUACCAAAGAAAAUGUGAGGCGGAUUGAAAACUCGUGAGAACUACCGAUGAGAUUAGAAAAACUUGAAAUUUAUCAUCUCCCAAUAACCUCAAAAACAGCCGGCGACAAGCGAAAUAACAGAGUUUAAUAACAGAGCGCCAAGCGAAG